CUAUUCUCUGUUUUAAGUACAUGUAGUUAACGUUCGUCUGUAAAUCGGUCGUAUGACACAAUACAGUCAAUAGCAUGUUGUUUUUGUCAGGUCGUGCCUCAAUUGACGUUUUUAGUGGGAACUGAAGCUGCAAGUUCUUGUUGCUAGUCGGCUGAAAGAGAAGAGCACACGUGGUUAGCAACGUCCUAGCAACCGGCUAGCUGUUGUUUACGCUCCCAUUUGAUUUAAAGCUCCUUAAUAACCGUGAGGUGGCGUGUGUAUGUUUUAAACAAACAUAGCUGCCGGUGUAGAUAAUGCAAAUAGGCUGUUUUGAUAACUGUACAACCAUAUCUGAGUCACCACGGUUUACUGUUACGUAAAAGAUGAAAUGCUGUUUAUCCGUUUCACCUCCAAGUUAUACAGGGCGAACGUACUUUAAAAGUUAAAUUGUACGCACUUAGUCACUAAAAUGUCAGCUUUUUACCUGCCAAGCUCAUACACGUCAAUGUAAAUUUCAGUCCAGCAGCUGUGUGUGGGGGGAGGAGGGAGGAGUCCUUCUUUUCAAAGGCUGCUGAGCUCUGUAAUUAUCAUUUUUUCUAACAGUCACCUCACCUCAGAGUCCUCCUCUGAACUUUUCUCCUGCAGAGUGAGGGGGGAGCCAUUAGUCUGUGCUUUACUACCCUCUGCUGUUGCAUUCAAUGUACACCAGCUAACAGUGAACAAGGACACUUCAGCAACAGCCCUAACAAAAGACCUAAGGGGAGAGUGGGGUAAGAUGAGCCAUUUUUUAUAUUUUGGAUCACUCCAUCUUGAUGCAAUCAUAGUUUUGUCUCUAACUAGUGUAUCUGCAUAUAUUUCAAGAUGUUGUGCAUCCCUGCAAACCAACAGAAUGAGUGUAAACACAACUGUCUUGAUAAUAUAGCAUGCCGAAAAAACUUGUCUCCUAUGGUCAACUUACCCUGUGUAUGGGGCAAGUUGACCAUAGGAGCGGGGUAAGCUGAUCCCCACUCUCCACCCCAGCCCUCCCUCACCUUCUCUCUCCCUAAAUAACAGUCACUUCUUCACAUUCAUGUGUAUUUUUAUCUAUUAUACGCUAUUCAACUGGUACAAUAAUUAUUUUCAUUAUUAUUGCAUAUAACUGGUAAAAAUCUGUUUUGUAAAAAGCCAUUUUAACAUGAGAAUGUCUUUAAGUGAUUCAGAACAUUCACAGCUGUAUUUUUAAAAAGAAAAAGUAAAACAUUUCAACAAUCUGAACUGAAACUCUGAUCCUCUCAUCAGACUUCUUUACUUUCUCAGUUAGGCCACUGACUUAGCUUACCCCUGAACUACUGUUAUGACUUUAUCAGUCUUCUAAUCUAAAAUGGUGGACUUUUAUGCUCGGUUUUUGACCUCAUGUUGUAGCUCAUAGAUACAACAAUUGAUGAAUAAAACAAAUUUAAAAUGAUCUUUUUUUGGUCUGAACACAAUUCUGAUAAAACCCUUGACAGACUAAAUUCACUUUCAAGAGUGAACCCCUUCACCCAAUGUGCUUCUUAACCUUCACAGACUCCAUGAAUUCAUGCCCAUCUUCUAAGUAUUUGGUCACAUGAUCAAUUUCUUUUACCAUUUCCAAGCUACAGAGGCUGGCUUAAUUUACCCUUUGGUUCAAUUUACCCCACUCUCCCCUAUGUUAAACAUUUACUUUAAUUCACAUGAAUUCAACCAGGUGUAUAAUUGUUUCCUAAUAAAGAAAAAAAUGAGUUACUCAGGCCAGAAUAUUAGUGGCAAAGCCAUAAUAGGCUACACUGUUGACAUUAACUAGUCAUAGCUGUUACCAUUCUCUGCGUCAGUCUUUAGUAAAUUAAUCAUUGGUUUCAGCGUGGACUACAGUAUCAUGAGUAAGUACAUGUGACUGUGACUGUUUUGCAUGUCAUCGAAAACAAAGGUAAAAAUAGACAUUUCAUAAUGUUUACUGGAAAUUCAAUGUUGUCACAGAAAAACUUAACAUCAGCGAACUUUAUGAAACUCUGGGUAUGUCACUCGCAAAGACGUGUGUUGCACCCUGAAGUCACUGCUAACUGAGAGACACAGCAGUCCCUUCACCUUGAUGAUAUCACCGCUGUGAAAUGCUGUGGUAAGAGGCUGUAUUUGCUCUGUUUGAAGCACACACAAAAAACAGAUUAUGUGCACAUUAUUUACAUUAAGAUAACUUCAAGCUCAAAAGGGUAGAUAUAGCUCAUAAAAUUUCAGAGUAAUGUUUCUCUUUCUUACUGAGGACUCAGGGGUUUUGUGGCGUCUGACAUGCCUUACUCUCGUGGAUUGUGUAAUACAUUGUGACGCAGCCACACCUUUCCACACCCCCUAACAAAGAGAAGUUACAGUCAAGCCAGGCUUAAACAUAUAAGUGAGUCGCCAGCAGCUAUGGAGUAAAUCCUCUGCGGGACAGAACAAGUAUCAGACCUUACAGAAACAUGCUAUGGACAAUUUUCUUACUUCUCAAUGGAUUGCUGAUAUUGGUUCUUAUCUACUCCAGCCGCACAAGGUAAAGCCACUUACUAAUGUAUUUCCUUGAUUUUUAGAGAUGGAGACAGGAUGUCUGCACAGUAAUCCUGAUACUCUUUCUUUUAUGCUGAUACUUAAAAGAACAUUUGUCAUUUUUAUAUUUUAUUAAAUCAAAGGUUAACUUUGUACAAGUUAAUAUUGUUAGUAUCUUCAAUUAUAUGAUUGAUUUAAAUAAAUUGAUACUAUUUCUGUGUUUCUAUGUGUAUCUUAAGUUGUGUCCUUGAUACCAGAUAGUAGUACUUAAUUAUUUUCAUUGUAAAUAGGAUGACCUAUGUGCUGCAUGACUUUUGCCAAACAAAAAAGAUGUUACUUCACUUCAUACUUCCUGCAAACCUGUUAGUUGAGAUUUUAAGAAUGAAUAGACAGCAGUGGACCCAUUCUGUCACACUGUUGCAGUUUUAAUGAGUUUUCAUGUAUGUGACAGACAGAAAAAUGAGCCCCCGCUGGACAAAGGUUUAAUUCCAUGGCUGGGCCACGCUCUGGAGUUUGGAAAAGAUGCUGCAAAGUUUUUGGCUCGGAUGAAAGACAAACAUGGAGACAUCUUCACUGUAAGUCCUGAGAUAUACCCUGUAAUGCAGAACCUUUAGCUCUAUAAUCUUUAAUGUAUGAGGACAUGAGAGGCCCCUUUUUAAGACUGAGUAACGUGUCAUCAUGAGUCGUUAAAAUUACUACCUGAUGAUUAGAUGUUCUUGCACACAAGAGCAGGAAGUCUGCGCUCUGGUUUGAUAUCCAGAGGAAAAUUCUGUAAUGCAAUGGAGGUUUCUGCUCAUGAAUAUCAAAAUAUUUACUCCAAAAAGACACUGUUUGUUUAACCUGGUUUUAAUAACAGAACUUAGGAGAUAGCUUCAAAUUAAGACUAAGUUUGAUCGACUACAAAGAGCAAGAACAGGAGAAAAAAGUUGCAUUUGAAAACAACUAGUUUUGAAGAAACUACAUUGUCCCCUCACAGGUCUGUGUUGCUGGUCAUUACGUGACGGUGCUCUUAGACCCAAACUCUUUCGACGGGGUGCUUAACGACACCAUCUGCUUGGACUUUUCCCGCAGCAAAAAGCAGCUGUUAGAAAAGAUCUUCUGCCUGCAGCUGCCGAGCAUCAAACCUACAGCAGAGAGGAAAUGGAUGGAACAGUAAGACAUAUCUCUUUGAAUGCAGACAUCAUGCUUCGGGAGUGAGCGGGGGAAGUUUUGUCUGAAAUGUGUGCUGCAAAUCUUAAAGGAUGUCUCUUUCACCCCUCAGGCAUUUUCGAGGUCUGAAUCUCUCCAAGCUCAACAGCUCUAUGAGCGUUCACCUCCAGAAUCUGCUGCUGAGUGACCAAAAAUGCUGCAGCCCUUCACAGUGGACAAAGGAUGGACUGUUCAGCCUUUGCUACAGUCUACUUUUCAGGUAUCACAUAACUUUGCAGCUCAGAUUCACUGUGAUUCAUCUAAUAUUCGUGUUUACACUACCAGGAGUGGCAGACAGGCAGAUUUUUUACUCUAUUUCUGUGUUCAGGGCUGGAUAUUUGACACUGUUUGAGAAACAAGAAAAUGCGUCUGUGGUCUACGAAGAGUUUCGCAAGUUCGAUCAUCUUCUCACCAAACUGGCUCGCUGCUCACUUAAACGAGGUAAUGUAACCCUCAUUUCUUUUCCCUUUAUUUGUCAACUUAUGAUUGCAAACUGUAUGAGACAUUGUACUCAAAGUGUGCAAUUCACAAACAUGAAAAGUUUUGAGUGAUUUGCUGUAAACCCCACAUUCAACACAUGUCUGAUUACUGGAUAACUCUUGUUUAUUAUCAUUAAAGAAACCCAAACACUGAAAAGUUUCUUAUUUUCAGCCAUAACACUGUAUAAUGUGGUAAAGUACACGUAAAUGUUUCAGUAUUAUUAUCUAUUCAGCUGAGUAAUUAAUGAUUUUUGUCCAAAAGGGGAAAGUCAAAUAGCCACCCUGUCCCGUGAACGACUGUGGGAGCUUCUCUCACCAAACUGUCUGAACAGCGAGUCAGAAUCAAAGUCCUGGCAACAAAGCUACCAUCACUUUCUGCAGCAGGAGGGAGCAGAUGCAGAAAUGCAGAAAAGAGCGUUCCUUCUGCAGCUGUGGACCACACAAGUGAGAACAACUUUCUUUUUUAUCAUCUGUCUCCUUCCUUCUCCCUUCAAACACACAAACAAGGCCACACAUUGAUACCAAAACACACUCGCUAUCCACACCCAGGCUGCAUACUUGAAUUCCACUUCAAGGUGCUCAGCCUGCCAACAAUGAGGCAGUUAAAAGCUGUGGAUUCCUCUCUGCCAGUUACUCACAACUGCCUGCCCCAACCUGUAUCUCAGAGAGAAUUUUUGCCAUUUCUGAUCAUGUGAAUCAGUUUCCCAUGACAUGCUUUCUUAGUUGUGGUUUCGUAACGACAUUCGAGUACAGUGCUUUCUAAAAAUUGUAUUAGUCAGCUGGAGUUGCUUCCCCUUUUCUUUCUGUACAUAGUUUAAUGCAAUAGUUUAAUGCAAUAACAAGCGGAUAUUGCACUGUGUUGCACUGGUGAUUACACUGCAGGUCCUCUUGUGAUGCAGUUAAGUCUGUGCGGACGGAUACAAAACUUAAUAUUGUCAGGCUCAACUUCACCACUCACUUCUCUGUGGCGCUUAACAUAAUCAGCGAAUAGAUCCUCUUGGUUAUCGAAAAGUAUACGGAGCACAUGGACUCAAUUAUUAUCUAUAUUAAUGUAGGUGUAGAUGUAAGUUUGUGUUUUCCCUCCCCUCAGACAAGUUCAGAGCAAUAUACUGGCAUUGCUUUGCACCACCAGGAGGGGGAGCAAGAUGACUGUUUGGUUGUCUUCUGUCCCCUCUCCUGCUGCUGUACUGCUGAUGUAGGGUUCAAUACUUUAACCAGCUUUGCCAGAUCUCAUAUGGUGAGCCCUUCAGGUGCCCCCGUUGGUUUUGGAGAGACCAUCUUUCCUUCAGCAUGUUUUAAUGUUUUGUAUUGUAUUAUCCUGUCAGCUGGGACAUUGGAACACACAGUCUGGGAAUGAAACUGGAGCAGCACUGCAGAGAAAUCAGGGAUUAGAUGUGAGACUGGUGAGAGGUGCCAGGAUUGGUGAAUACAUGUGUUAAUUCUGCAAACACCGGUGGCUGCUGUUCUCACUACAUUUGUAAACAAAUGAGCUGCACCUUUGAUAGCACCCUCCCUUGUCUUCUGACCUCUUAAAGCACUUUUGCACCUCAUGCGACAUUAACCCAUUCACACCUCAUUUAUAACCUAAUGGCUGAUACAUUUAUAACCAAAAACAAUAGUCUGGGAAUUCACCUUCAUCAAGAGUAAACCACACUUAUGCCAAUCCUAUAAUUUUACUACCAAAAUGCAGCAGGGUGAAACCUGUGUCCAAAGGUUACCAAAAUUUGCCAAAUAAGGGGUGACCAUACGUCCUCUUUUUACCCGAUGUUAUAGGAAAGCCUGUUUCCACCAGUGAAAAAAAAAGAUGAUGAGAUAAAAUGUCGUCUUUUUUUAAUUUUUAAUUUUUGGGAAUUCAGAAUGUAAGUUAGAAGCAUGUGAAAAAAACUUGACCCGACCCAUAAAACCCUCAAAAUUCUUUGUGCCCAUGCACACAACUCCGCCCACGUAGUAGUGUCCUCUUAUUUGGGAUUCAGAAUAUGCUCCCCCUACCAAAUAUGAAGCCUACGGACAUGCUAAUGGUAUCAAUCUAAAACUAUCUCCCCAACUUUUCCUUGAUGAAGCCCUCACCCUGCUGCUGAUAGACCUGAGAAGUAGAAACGCAAUUUAAAACAUUUUUGGUCGCACUUUUUGUGCGUUUGCCCUGACUGUCAAUAGAGAUCUGACCUGAGAGGUGCAGAGGUAAGAAGAACAGCUCCCCUAACACAUAGCAAUUACCGUCUGACAGGUUCAGGUGUCUCUUCCUGAUGAGCUGACAGACUGCAGUAUCUCCAACUGGCUCCUCAUAUACUGGUUAUAUUCAUUUUCACAAAGAGCAGUGAGGGAAUGUCGGUUGAAUAUUCUAAAACUUGAACAAAGAAUCAGACUUAUUUUGUGUUAUUUGCACUGUAUUGACCACAAGUUUAGACUGAAGUUUGCACAGAUUUAAUGGUACGUGUUUCUGAUGUUUGUUUUUUUGUUCUUUAAGUGCAAUGCUGGACCUUCUGCCUUUUGGCUCCUUGGCUUCUUGCUCACUCACCCUGAGGCGAUGGAGGCUGUUAAAACAGAAAUCAGGGGCCUUAACCUCCAGAACCCCCACACUGACCCGCUGAAAGCACACAACACACCUGUGUUUGGUAGGUAGCAGCUGCUUCUCCCUCUUUACUAAUUCAACUGAGCUCCUCCAGAUUUUGUUUUAGCUUGUUGGAGAAGACAAGAAAAGUGCUGUACGGCGGAGGUACGGCAGUGACAUGAAGUUUUUGACCUUUGAUUUAAUUAAAAUAUGAUUGCCUUUUUCAUAUAACCAUAUCUGUGCGAAUGAUUGUACCUGUCCAAAUGAAGCCAGAGGGCACGACUGAUUUAAUUCGCGCUGACAGCCCUCUGACAUCAUCCACUCAGCUUGUCCUUUCCAUUUUUGCAGAUAGCGUCCUGAGUGAGACCCUACGGCUUACAGCAGCCGUGAUGAUCAGCAGAGAGGUGGUGCAGGACAAGAUCCUCCGUAUGGCGAGCGGACAGGAGUACCACCUCAGGCGGGGGGACAGAGUUUGUCUGUUCCCCUUCCUGAGCCCUCAGAACGACCCACUGAUACACCAGCAACCAGAGGUACACGGACCACAAUCAAAGCAGUGACCAAAGAAACAUAGAAAUAUAGUUUUUUUUUAAUUUUGAGCUUAGUCAGAUGAUGCAGGUGCACAUACUUUGAGUUCUUGUUGAGGCUAAUGUGGAGGUUUUACAUCCUUAAGCCUCUUAACCCCUGCAACUUACUUAAAACCAGGUCCCAGAGAUGAUUCAUUUGUCUUCCCCAAUCCUUAGCGGUGACAGAUACAAGACAUUUUAAACAGAUAUAUAGUGCUGGAGGCACAAGAUCAAACCUGUUUGUUUUACUUUUUAAUGCAAAAAUCUAACCAAGGUUUUAAACUUCUUUUAUUGUCUUAUCUGAACCAGAGUUUCAAGUACGAUCGCUUCCUAAAUGAGGACAUGACAGUGAGGGACAAGUUCUACAAGGACGGUAAACGGCUGAAGUAUCACACCGUGCCCUGGGGUGCAGGAAGAAACAUCUGCGUUGGUAAAGACUUUGCCGUUUCAGCCAUUAAACAGUAAGUGAAUAAAAGAACCACCGUUUUUAUAUUUCCCUUUUUAGAUGUAUAUCUUUCCAUGUUGUAUCGUGGUUUUGUAAAACACUACAUUCGCGAUCAAAGCAUUUCUUGCAAUUUCAUCCCAAUUACCAGAGUAGAGACUGUAGAAAUCCUUCUCCACAUAAUAUAAGCACUAUUAUCAUUAGAGUCCUGCUUUCAUGUCUCUUUUCAUCACUUAGAACAAGCUGUAAUGUAGUAAUGCUUACACUCUGUAAUGAGCAGAGAGGCUGAGGGCAGCAGAGGAGAGUCAAUUGGGAGGAAGUGUCUUUUGUCAUACAUCAUAUCCAGUUACAGAGGUUAAAGGUCAAUCCGUGUUAUCCGUAAAGGGGGGGAAAGGUUGUGUAAUAUUGAUGUGUAGACUGGAGCCACAUGGAGAGCUACUUAUGCUCAAAUAUACAGCUGUUAUUUCUGGAUGUUAGAUUAGCUUGAGUCGAUUUUCUCUCAGAUUAUUGCUGAUUUUUUUUCUCGUAUUAAUGUUGUUUGAUGAACCAAGCUUCUUAUUCCCCCCUCUUGUGUCUGCAGAUUUGUGUUCUUGUUCCUGACUCAUCUUGAUCUGGAGUUGUGUGACCCAGAGGCUAAACUGCCUCCAGUGAACACAAGCCGCUAUGGCUUUGGGAUGCUGCAGCCGGAUGGAGACCUGCAGAUCCGGUACAGACUGAAGAGGACACAGCAUGAAAUGUGAUUAAAUCAAUCCAAAAUGUCCAUCCACAAACCUUGUUGUAAAUAAUGUAGCACUAUUUAUUCUAUUUUUUAUCUGGUCUGUAGAUGUUUAUAUUUAAUUUUGUUAUGUUUUUAAAGUUUUCAAUAAAUAUGACAAAAGCAGACUUACAUUUUGCUCGUUUCGGAGCUUAAACAUCCUGUAAAAA